UAUGACUCGUCUAAUGCUCAUGGUUAAACAAAAUUAAGAAUAGUCACUCACAAAAACUUAAAUCAAAACUUUUCGUUCUCUUAUCACAUACUAAAAUAUCAGCUAAAUAAAAACACUUAAAUAUAUUAUUAUGCAUGUUUCCUUCUAAAUAAACCUACCAUUAGAAUAGAUAUCUAGAUAGAUUUAGUUUAUAGAGAGGGUAUAGUUCCGAAUAUGUCCCUGGAUUCGGAGACGUCGGGUUCCGCCAGAGAUUGGUUCUUCCCGUCGCCAUCCUUCUUGCGGUCCUCUUCUUCGCAAUAUGGCCGUCGAUUCUAUUCAAACUCAAAGCCGCACUCUCCUCCGAGCAGCUCCACUCGCAUUCGUCAUCGCCGCAGAGUUAAAUUCCCCCGGACUCCUACUAACGACAAAUCUCAGCUUUCCGACACUGAAAAUGUUAAGUCAUCAGCGACUGCGAGGAAUAAUCUUAUCUGCCUUUCGCAAUUUCGUUUCCAGUUUGCCCUCGUGACGUUGACUAUUGUUUUUUUGUUGCUGCUGCUCCGAAACACGCAUCUAGAAAGCCAAGUCACUAAGUUGCAGGGUGAGAUUCUCGGCCUUAAUCACAGAUUACAUGCGUGCCACAAGUUGGACACCUUGUACGUAACAAGUUCCAUAUCUCAGGACGUGGAUCCUUGGUCACGUGAAAACUUUAAAAGAAAUCUAGCUCUUUUUUUCUCGUUCACACUUCUUUUUAUCCCUCUCCUCAUUUUCAAGUACAUAGGCUUUGUAUCAAAAUCAAGAUUUUCCGACAAUAUAUCAGAACAAGUUUCUCUAAACAAGCAAAUAGCAUAUCGGGUUGAUGUAUUUUUAUCGGUUUACCCAUAUGCUAAACCACUCGUAUUGUUAGUGGCAACGCUCUUGCUAAUUUUUCUUGGAGGAUUGGCCCUUUUUGGGGUAACUACCGAGGAUUUAGCACAUUGCCUCUGGUUAUCUUGGACCUACGUUGCUGAUUCUGGCAAUCAUGCCAGCUCCCAAGGUAUUGGUCCAAGGUUAGUUGCGGUUUCCAUUAGCUUUGGUGGGAUGCUUAUAUUUGCAAUGAUGCUUGGACUUGUGUCCGAUGCAAUAUCUGAGAAAUUUGACUCACUGAGGAAAGGAAAAAGCGAGGUGGUUGAGCAAAAUCAUACUUUAAUUCUUGGUUGGAGUGAUAAAUUGGGUUCAUUACUAAAUCAGCUUGCCAUAGCCAAUGAGAGUCUGGGUGGAGGAACUGUUGCAGUGAUGGCUGAGCGAGACAAGGAAGAAAUGGAGCUUGACAUUGCAAAAAUGGAGUUUGAUUUCAAAGGAACAUCUGUCAUAUGCAGAAGUGGCAGCCCUCUGAUUCUGGCUGAUCUGAAAAAGGUUUCUGUUUCAAAAGCACGUGCAAUAAUAGUCCUUGCUGAAGAUGGGAAUGCUGAUCAGAGUGAUGCCCGUGCUUUGAGAACAGUCUUAAGUCUGACUGGAGUAAAAGAAGGAUUACGAGGGCACAUAGUGGUUGAAUUGAGUGAUUUAGACAAUGAGGUCCUUGUUAAACUUGUGGGUGGUGAUCUUGUUGAAACUGUUGUAGCUCAUGAUGUCAUUGGUCGCUUGAUGAUUCAAUGUGCUCGACAGCCUGGACUUGCACAGAUUUGGGAAGAUAUACUUGGAUUUGAAAAUUGUGAAUUCUACAUCAAAAGAUGGCCACAGUUGGAAGGCAUGCAAUUUGAGGAUGUACUAAUCAGCUUUCCUGCUGCAAUUCCUUGUGGAAUCAAAGUUGCAUCAUAUGGCGAGGAUGAUGAUACCUAUGCCCCAGCAUCCUUGCCUACGGUUUGGAGAGGAAGCUUACCCAAGGACUUUGUUUAUCCAAAAUCUCCAGAGAGAAUACUUUUUUGUGGUUGGAGGCGUGAUAUGGAGGAUAUGAUCAUGGUUUUGGAUGCAUCUUUAGCACAUGGGUCAGAACUCUGGAUGUUCAAUGAUGUUCCAGAAAAAGAAAGAGAAAAGAAGCUAACUGAUGGUGGCCUUGACAUAAAUCGAUUGGAAAAUAUAUCUCUGGUUAAUCGUGAGGGGAAUGCUGUUAUACGUCGCCACUUGGAAAGCCUUCCAUUGGAAUCAUUUGAUUCAAUAUUGAUUUUGGCUGAUGAAUCAGUAGAGGAUUCAGCAAUUCAAGCUGACUCUAGAUCUCUUGCCACUCUACUUUUAAUUCGUGACAUACAAGCUAGGCGUCUUCCUUAUGUAUCUAUGGCCAGUCAAGCUCACGGAGGAAGCUUCUCUAAAGGCUCAUGGAUUGGGGAAAUGAAGCAGGCUUCGGAUAAAACUGUUAUAAUUAGUGAAAUUUUGGAUCCUAGGACAAAAAAUCUUAUAUCUAUGUCAAAGAUUAGUGAUUAUGUUUUAUCAAAUGAACUUGUCAGCAUGGCUUUGGCCAUGGUUGCAGAAGAUCGGCAGAUAAAUGAUGUAUUGGAGGAGCUCUUUGCGGAGGAGGGAAAUGAGAUGCAUAUAAGGAAAGCAGAUCUAUACCUUUGUGAAGGUGAGGAAUUGAAUUUUUAUGAAAUAAUGUUACGAGCUCGGCAGAGAAGAGAGAUUGUGAUAGGCUACCGUUUAGCGAAUGCUGAAAGGGCAGUCAUUAACCCCCCAGUGAAAACUGACAGACGGAAGUGGUCAUUGAAGGAUGUUUUUGUGGUGAUUACUGAAAAGGAAUGAGGCAUUUGUGGGCAAGGAAAAGGAUAUCCAUGCAGGUGGUUUUGGAGUUAUGAAGUCUAAUCUAAUCCUUAAAAUUGUAAGCAUUGGUUAGUCUAGUCCCGACCUUAAAAAUCUCCACUUUAAUUUCUGACUUUGUAAAA